AUGGAUAUGCUGGAGAGACUUCUACCCUCAGAAGUAGCCCGCCUUGUGCUAGGUUACCUAAAGACGGAGAGCUGCAACAGUGCUUUUAAAGCAUUUCUUGGCGAGUGUCCUCACCUGAAGGAGUAUGCCAUGUUACUGGAACGUGGCAGAGAGUACACUACCAAGGUGAACGGACGCACACUUGAAGAAUACCUGGAUGAGUUUGCUGACCUCAAGAAAGCAGUCUCAACCAAGACCAGUCUGACACAGCACUAUGUAAGUGGGGACGGUCAGGUCAGGCGAUUGGUCCUGGACACUCCGGCAGAAGGGGGAAAAAAUGUUGCUCCAGGAUCAGCAUUCAUUGUCAACGAUGCGUCACCAGGGCCAUAUGCAAAAAAUGAAGUUCCAAAUCCAUGUUUUCCAAAAAAGACAAUCAAUCUUGAAAAGAAAACGAAACGAUCAAGGUCAAAAAAGGCGUCAAGGCAGACAACAUCACUACUAGAAGAUGCCUGGAAAGCUGUUUCACAGGCGGGAAAAUCUGGGACUGAUUCACGAUUGUCUUCUGCUAAUAAUACAGUAUCAUCUGUUAGAGAAUCACGAAGUUCGAAAACAAUUGUUAAUGAUACAAAUUGUGAAAGUAGAACUCGUCCGAAAACUAAGAAUUUAGUGAAAAAGAUUCUGUUUGAGAGUAAUGAGGAUGAUAGUUGUAAACAGUGUACAAAAAAUCAGUCGGGGAGAACUGAUAGGUCGAGCAGACGUUCAAGAAGUGAUUUUGCGCAUGGUUUGAAGCAGAGGUGGGAGAGUACUGUUGUGGCUUCGGCAUCGAGUAAAAAUGAACAGGCCAUUCCUAGGGUGCGGUUAAAGAUUGCCAAUUCUUGCCAGGCAGCUGCAGUUACGUCAGAUGAGGAUGAGAACUUUGGGAUGGAAACUGGUUAUGAUGCACCAGAGUUUGAUGGUGAUGUUGAUGUUGAUGGGGGUCGUUGCAAUAAUCAGGAAACUGGUAGCAGUAUGGGAGAAGAAAAUGACAACUGUGAUACUCGAGAAACUGCCUCACCAAAGCCUUCCACGUCUGCUGAACUUCCAAGGAGACAUCAGACGCCGGUCAAGAUGAUGGAACCCCUCACCCUAGAGAUACCAGAAGUUUCCGAGGAGCCUCCAGGUCUACAUACUCCAUUCAAAAAUGUUGAUGUGCAAUCCAUGAUGUCUACUCCUUCCAAGUUUAACGAUACUGCUUCUGUGAUUAGUGUUGGUAGAUCACCAAAGAGGAAAAGCCAUGCACCAAAGCGUCGAUUCAACAAGCCACCCGUUUCCCGGCCCGCUGCUGCACCUUCAUUUAUGAAUGAUGAAUCGCUCUACUCGUUUCCAUUUCCCAUUGAUGACCCAGUGUCUGUAGAUAUGUCGAGCAUCGUUAAAAACUUGCUAGAAAAUACUCAUCUCCAAGAGAAACUUGCUGACAAUAUCAACCAGGUGGUUGCGUCUCAUCAUCCAGUGAGCACAACACAAGUGGCCCCAGAGCCGUGUGCAGUAGAGACAGUUAAACAUCAGCAAUCUUUGGAGAAUUUCCUUGGAACAAAGGAGAGCUUUGUAAAUGAACACGUAAAUGAGCAGACCAUUGGUGGUAUAGUGGAACUCACCAAGGAUGACCCAGCUUUUGAUGCUCUGUUUAGUUUGUUCAAUGUUGAGAAAGAUGUUUUCCUUGAGAAUCGACGUAAACAGCAGAUGACUGAAGCACCGCCUGAAAACCACUGUGAUGUUAAUGGAAAUCUGAAGGCACGUUCACCUGAGCUUGCAGGGAAAGACUUGAGUGGUGAGAAUACGUUACUUGAUCGACUCGAUGCCAUGGUGUCUCUUGCAGACGAUACUGCAGCAAGUUCAUCUCUCAAUCAGCAGGGAACGAAUCUAAAAAAUUUUGAUACUUCAACAGAGGGAUGCGAUGCUGAAGUUGUUUAUGUUCUGAACCUAUCAAACCCUCAGUCUGAAAUUGUUGUGCAAUCAGAAGUUAGUCAAUUUGUUACUUAUGCUGUAAUGGAUCAGCCUGAUAAUGCUUUUAUAGAGAGGGUCAACAUUGGAUCAGUAUCUGAGGAGAAAAUGGUGUCUGGUAGUCUGGGGAAAUUUCAAAACUCUCCUGUUCAGCGAAAUCGGAAUACUCAAUCGAGUGAAACGCAUGAUCUGAAUAAGUCUGGUGUUGCUAAUAGCAGUGAUGAAAGUGUCAGACAUUUUAGCAGAGAACUUAUGGACCUCAAAUCACCUUAUAUUUCGCACACAAACAGUCCUGCGCCUAUAGAUGUUGAAGCCCCCUGUGAAAAUCAAGCCGUGCCUAAGAAGGUGCAAAGCGAUGGUGCUGAGGCAUCCCCUCAUACGACUGUGCCAAAUUCUAGUCCUGCAACCAAUCCGUUAAACACAUCUAUGGAGUUCAGACCCUGUUCAGAUCAAGAGGAUAAUCAUGUGGAUGAGGUGCAUUGUGGAGAAACUGCACAGGAGACUCGAUCGUUGAGCAAAGUUCCCCAGAUAAGCCCAAGGAAACGUGGGGCUGGUGAUGGCCUCAGUCUGGAUUCUGGUAUGCAGUGGAAAAUGGAGGUACUUGAAAUGAGGCCAGCUCCAGCAAAUGUUGAAUGCAUUGAAUUUGCCUCCGCUUCCUUCGAGAGUGAACAUUCAAAAAAUGCAGAUGAAGUCCGCCUCUCCACCAAAGAUACUUCGUUUACGAAACCACAGACAGUUGGACACAAUUCUACAAAACCUCGGCGCGUGCCAUUAACUACACUCAGUAGUGUACCAUCGCCUUUCUUACCAGGGCCGUUCUCCCCACAGACACCGAUGAUGCCUCAUACACCAUCCCAUGGCAUGCCAAGUCCAUCACAAUCGCCUCGGGAAACGUCCGCACCAUUUUCAUCGUUCAGCAGCCAAUCUACAUCACCACGCACAAUGGCUCAUGGAUGUCCUUUUGUAACAAGUCCGGCCCUAGAAGUAGAAGUGUCUACCUCCAAACCGACUGCACUCAGUCCUGCACCAUCUUUGUAUACCAGACAGAUCGACUCUCCACGUACUGCUAAGUCAUGUCCAAGUCCAUCGCCAGCAUCACAGUUUCCACCAAAAUGCUUCUCCACCUCUGUACCAUCACCGUUCAUGUGUCACCCCGUCUCACCUCGAACACCAGGCCUGGUCCCACCCGCAUCACCAAUGAUAAAAGAAGGACUUUCACUGAAAGAAGGUCGCUCUCCACUCUGUCCUGUGACAACAGAAUCUGACCCAGAGCAACUGAAAGAUUCCUCCAGUUCAACGGAACCAACCUCUGUGGAUCCCGGUGAAGUUUUAUCAAUGACUGCCGAAUUUUCCCCGUCUCAACCACUGUCAACUUCUAGUCCAGCCACUCCUAUCAGAAAUAAAAAAGCUGUAACUUCCAAUGUGCCUUUCAUGGUGAAUAGGACUCCUGAUAAAGCAGUUGCAGGGAUAAAAUUAGUUGCUUCAACAGCAAGUCCGAAUCUAAGCGAGGCUGUGCAGCGUGUGAUGACUAGCCGAAUGACCCCUGAUAAGUUGGCUGCCGCCUCAAAUCAUCUCUUAAAAAUGCAGAGUACAACUCCAGACAAGCAAGUGCAUAUCACCCCUAGGAAGGAGCAAACCUUGGAUAAUCACCUGACUCCAAAUAAGGGUCCUCCAAGUGUUGGCAGCUGUUGCAGUACUCAUUCACCUUACAGUGCAUUGCGCAUGACUCCGGUCCAGACAACUGAUCAGGACUAUAGCCAGCAUCAAAACCUGGCUGUUGCUUCAAUCUUGUCCACUCCCCAGAAGGUAUCGAAACAUUCCUCAGAUGACGAAAAAGACAUUAGUAAUGAGAGUGAUGAAACGUGCAUGUCUGUCGCCACUGUUGUAAGGGAAGAACAAAGACAAGCAGUGGACGCCAUCCUUUGGCCUUCUCCUGCAAAAAGUACGUGUGCCACUCCGCAGAAACUGUUCUACAGAAGCCGUGGCACACCAGUGAAGUCUCAUUCUCCAAGUCCGAAUUCAUCUCCACAGAACUUUACCCAGAUCGUUUCAAAGGAGCACCCGGUUGUUUUCAAGAUACCAAACGUUGAGAAGGAUUGCCCUAGUCCAUUAAAGAAUAAUGAAAAUGAUAAUCAGUCGCAGAAAAAUGUGAUCGGUUAUGAGAAUGUUCAAACUCUGUCCGAGUCAGUACAAACUUGUGAAGUGAUUGAAACUGGUCAAGAUGUUCCCAGUCCUUCAAGACACAGUUCAGUAGUUCAGUCUAAAGGCAAGGGAGGUCUGGUGCGAAUGCAGAUAUCCAGUGGAAAAAGAGAGUCUGAAAACUCAGGAUUUGAGUUGAAUCACUCAAAUUCGACAGGUUUGCCUUCUGAUGGUGAUGCCCCAAUGUCUGACCAACAACACACGGUCAUGAUGGAGUCACUUUCCAGUGAAACGAUAAGCGCCUUCCAAGCAUACGCAGAAAGUAUUCCAGGGGUUGAACGGACAACAGUGUCAGGUGAAACGACACAGAUAAAUAUCACCACAAACUUUGGAUUGUUGCCUCAUAAUCAGCCAGCGUCUUGUCCGACUUCUCAGUCUUUGAAUACGUCGUCGGGUCAGAUUGCUUCAGCCCAUGUUGCCACAUCUGCCUGCCAAGAGAUACCGUCUGCUUUCACACAGCAAGAACUCGAUGAUGAAAGAGCUCUCCUUGCUGAAGUGCACAGCACCUUGGCUUCCAUGCCUCCUCUUCCAAAUGAUCAAACUACUGGUUCCACGACACCGGUUGCCAGUUCUCAAAACGAGGAUAUUCCACUGUCAGCUGGCGCAUUGAUGGGUUUUUCUGCUGCUCAGGAACAGAUAUUUUCCACCCCAGUUUCUGAGCCGAACACGGCUUUCGUGCAGUCACCUCAGUACCAGCAGGGUGGCUCAAAGAAGAAGAAGACACAUUCUAGGACCUCUUCAGUGAGUGAAAUAGGGACUCCGCCUGCUCCCUCGUAUCAAGUGCCCAUACCGAGCUCCAUCAACUUGCAAGACCCCGGAGUUCGUGUCAUCCAAGUGAAAACACAGAAGGGAAAUGUCAUACCGAUAUUUCUCACUCCACUGGACUCCUUUGACCAGAGCACCCCAGGAGAGCAGCAACUGUCUUCAGAUCAAGGGAGUUCUCUCCCAAUGAAAGUGAUACCUGUUGAAGUGAAAGAUAUCGCAAGCCCAGAGGCCCGAAUGCUUCUUCAGGACAACUCACAGUCUUUUGAUACAAUGUUUGGCAACGCAGACACCUCAGGGAGAGCGUCUUUCAUCGGAAACCUCCUUUCUUCUCAGAAGGACAAUGCUACUUCAAAUGAGGCAGUGAAGGCCAACACUGAACAAGUUGCAGCUAGUGAGACAGCAGGUCAGGCUUUGAUAGAUCCAAGCGUCGCACUGGUGUCUGAGAGUGGAUCUUCUGUAAACACUUCUCCAGAUAUGGCUCUGGUGAAGGGCAGUGGAUCACAUCAAGAGGGAAUGUCAACUGAAGGCUGUGUAGAGCUGAGCAAAAUUGGGAACAGACGAAAGAGAAAAAAGAAAUCUAGGAAAAGCGAGAGAGAGGCAAAGAAACGCCGGACGGAGUCAGUGCCAGUGGAUGACUGUGAUAAUGUUGAGCUGUUGGACUUCUUGCAGGCCCAUCCAGUCGGUGAUCUUUGUAAAAAGACGAUUUCUCCACUGUCUCCUCAUCCAUCUGUGACUGGAUCACCAGUGAAAACACCAGCCAAAGUCGAAAACUAUAAAUUCUGUUCACCUGCACCAGUUGGAGAUCAGACCCAAGAUGGUGUUUCGUCCAUGUGGCAUGAUAUCGUCAACAUUGACCUCGGAGAACAAACAAAGAUAAUGGCUGAUAUAACUAGACCGCUGUCAGAACUUUUAAAAACGCCGACUAAGUCCGUGACCUAUCCCAGUCGUGGAACUCCUUCGCGAAGUCAACAUUCUGUGACUCAGGUUGGACAGUUGGCUGCUCUUCUGAAAACUCCCACCAAACCUGACGCCUGCCACUCUCAUGGUGCUGCAAAAGGCCAACAGGAAGGGACUCCCUCUAUACUCAAUUGUGAGUCUAAUCCAAGUCUGGACCUCAGUCCAAUGCGUGGCAAACUCCGACCUAUCUUGGAGUCUUGUUCGAUCAUUGACAAUCAUGUGGUCGCUUCUCCAACAAUGUCUCUUGGUCCUGAUUCUGAUAUUGAUGCUGACGAAUUUCUUCAGAGGCUGCCAGAGCGAACAAGGAACGUUGCGAAAACUACCAAACUAAACAAACAACCAAGACAUUCAUCCAUCUCACAAUCACAACCUAAAUUUCCUUCCUCAUCUGCUGCUGCUGUAGUUGCAGUUGAAUCCACAAAACCAAGUCAAAUUCCUCCAAAGGAGACCAGUACCAGUCCAAUCGAACUUGCUGCUGCGGAGAGUGGUAUUUUUCCAAAUGAAUCUACAGGAAAUCAGGAAAGUUAUCCAAAUGACCAAGUUUCAUGCUCUCGUGUCCGAACUCCUUCUGUGGAAAUUGCGCCAGUGAAUGCACCUGCCGUCAGCAAAUCCUUCUCUGUGCAGAGUGCUCCAGUCAACAUGCCCAUCAAUUCCUCGAUAUGUUCCAUGAACUUGCCCACGAUACAGCCUGCUCAACCAGUCCAGUCAAGUGUUAUAUUAGUGCAGCUUCUGAACGGACAGUAUGCUGUGCUCCCAACAUCGUCCCUCACGCCUGCUGCUCCUGUUGUCAUGACUCCUGCUGCUACGACUGCUGAACCAGUCCGCUGGAAGAGAAAGUAUAAAAAAAGGAAGAAGAAAUCACCAUCGCAGAGCUCCAAGAAAACCACACCACCAGCUGUCCCUGUUCAAAAUGUGACUUUGCCAGCUAUGAAUCAAGUAGUUCAAGCACCGCAGAUUUCGAACUUCUCACAACCUAAUCCAAGUAUGCCUCAAUUUCUUGUUAAUCUACCACAACCGACAGCACAACCAACUCUGACCCAGCCUGCUCCCGUUGUGGUCCAGCAAGUCUCCUCCACUCUGCCUGCCCACUGUUCAACCCAGCCAGUACCCCUUGGCCAGCCUGUUCCCAGAGUGGCCCGGCUGGCAGCUGUCAAUGAGCCAAACCAGUCAAUGAUGAGCCCAACAGACUUGGUGAUAGCAGAAACACCUCCGUACAUACCAGAGCAUGAACAAGAAGAGUGGAUUAGGAAUAUAUCUCCUAGCCUCGAAGCCCUCGUCAGAAUAGCAUCCCCAAAGAUAGAUACAAGCAAACAGCCCAAAACCUCAAGGCCAACCAAAGCCUCAGCAAGGGACCGCCGAAGUACUUCUCAUAGUCAAUCCAGAAAAACAGCACCAGAAAUAUCUGAGAUCUCUCCACGUAAACGAACUGGGAUCGCUCAGCGGAACACGUUUAGUCCCCUUGUUGCUGCGGCCAUGGAGUAUCAACAGAGGAAGAAAAAGGAGCUACAAUCGCCAGCCAGGGAUGUACCUCUAGCAGACGCUGAUGUCUCUAUGGAUAUGCCCUCUGAGGAUAUUUUCUUAGGUUUGGAGGGUGAUGAACAGUCACCUGUUAAAAAGUCUGUGGAAGCCUUUGAGAAUACUUCAAAACAUUCAACUAGUAGUAGGGUUUCAAAGGCUCCUUUGAGUAGUUCAACAGAUUCGGGUGUGAAAUUGACUGGUGCUAAGUCGAAAAUUGUUUCUAAAGAAAGGAAGUCUAAAAAGGAGUCUAAGAGGAAGACUAAGGAGUCUAAACCUGACUUGACUUCUCCUGUAUUGCCGCCAGAGUCGGUGAUUUCUAACAUGCAAGGGAGUCAGAAUGAAGUAGUCCUCUGUAUACCGAACGAUGCUACACCUACUAUAGACACUGAAAUGUUUUCCGCUUUGUUGAAUGAUGAUUCUGAGGUUGAUAAUGAGAAAGAAAGAGGCAAGGCGGCAAAACGAGGAAGACGUACGCAGAAACGACGGAGCAGCAGUAAACACAGGAGUCGGCCAGAGACUGUGUCGAGUGUUCAGACGACAGCAACCAGGAUGGUUUCACCAGAAAGUCCCAGGAAAGUUGCCUCUCCAUUAGAGAAAGGCAAUGUCUUAAAAUCUAGUGAUUUGACUGAAUUACCGCCUUCAAAAGCUAAGGAGGGGCCUGGUCAGCCAAAGAGACAUUUGCCAAAGGUAUCCGCUACUCUCCAGAAAAAGUCUUUGCCUGGAGUAAAACAAGCCAGGCAAGAGAAGUCUAAAGCGAAACCGCAUGUUCGAGUAUUACACUUUAAUGAAUUUGAUAGGGAAUCGACAACCGCUUCAAAAUCUAAAAGCAGCAGGGAGACUGUUCAGCCAAGGACAACAGUGGAUCAAGAUUUGUAUGAAGUCAUUCAGGAGAAAGGGACAAGUGAUGGAGUGUCUAACACCACAGUGUUCAGGGACCCAAAAUUAAAUGCCCGAGUUGAAAUUCAUGUGCCGCGGUUAGGCAAGGAUAAGAAUGGUUGUAUUACGGAUGAAAAUAACUCGGACUCUGAUGAUUUAGGCCCUUUACCCAUCCCUCGACGCAGGUCCAGCAAAGCAGAGAAGACUUUGAAUGUCCCAGAGGUUGCGCAGACGUUGGAAGUUGAAAAAUUGGGAAGUGUUUUGAAGGAUUCCUCAUUCAUACAAUCUUGUCCGGUGACGAAAAGUGACAAACAUUCUCGUGAUGAUAAGGCUGUUAGUAGUCAAUCUACACCAGAGGAUACGGGCUGGAGUAGUAGUUAUAAAACUAAGGACAAGGUCACUGCUAGUAUUUCCAAAUUAUGGGAUAAGAUUGCCUCUGGUACUUUUAAAUCCAAAGAUGAGGUUACUGCUAGUAGUUUGAAAACAAAGGACAAGGUUACCUCUUGUAGUUCUAGAUUAAAGGAUAGGAUCAGUGGAAGUAGCUCUAAAGAGCAUGGACUAGGCUCAAAAUCACUGAAAAGGAUGAAGGCUAAAAAGUCAAAGAAGAAAGGUGUUGUUGAAUUAGAUCGAAAGACACUUGAUGCUCUUUGUAAGGCUGCAGGUCUUGAUUUGGGAAAGUUUGUGCCAGACAGUUCUAGUGAUCAGGAUGAUGAAGGGGAGACAAGUAAAGCAGAAGACUCUGCUAAUGUUGAAAUUGAUAGUGAAAGUGAAAACGAACAAGGUGGUGAUGGAAGAAGUAAUUUUCUCCUUGAUUUGAAAACCCCAGCCGAAAAAGAUGUGAAAAACAGGAUGUCUGUUGAAAAGGAUGCGAGAUGGUUGCCUGGUGAGGAAGAGGAGGAUGGUCAUACCUGUGAUAACGGAAACAUGAGUGACAAUUCUUUUAGUUCCAUGAUAAGUGCCCCUCCGAAUGUAGACCUUGAAUCAACUCGAAAGCAGACGUCUUGUACUGAGGCAGUUUCAAUUGGAGAACUACAAAAUCAGUCUGCAUGUAAUUCUAGUGAAAAAGUUUCUUUUAAGAAACUGUCGGUGAGAGAAAAAGGGGAAAUUGUGGGUAAAAAGUCACCAGGUGUGAGGAAGAGAAGUUCUAAGUCCGACAGUGCUCGUACUCUUGUCAAAAAGAGUGAGCAGAAAGUGGGCGAUAAAUGUCAGACUUCAGCCAAGAAAUCUGUUCGUAAAGUACAUGUUAAUGCAACUGAUACAGAAAGUGUUGAAGCUUCUUGCAAUCAUUCUACAGGUAGACGUGUAGCAGGGAACGAGGCCACCAAAGUUCAUUUAGAUGCGGUACUUGAUUCAGUUGUCCGAUCAAACGAUUCAGAAUGCUUUCGAGUUGUUUAUAGUCCAAAAAAAUCUAAGAUGCAGCUUAGUUCUUUGGAGGAUGUGUUUAACUCUGUUAUAGUGACUAGUCCAGAAAACCAAAUGCGAGAGAAAGUGCAAGGAUCUGUAUAUCGUAUUCCUGCUGAUUUGGUCUCAAAGUUUCGUCACAAGACUAGUAGUUCUAAGUCGGCAAAAAGCUCAAAAUCAACUGCGAAAUUGCCAGUGAAGAAUGUGUCGAUCUCUCAAUCGAACUCUGCUUUCAAACCUGACAGUGUACGUUCUUGUGCAAAUUCAUCAAAGAAGUCUGCUCUACCUGAAAAUUCUGGAAGGAAUUCCGCAAGUCAGAAAACAUCUCACGGCCAGACAUCUGAUGCCAUAUUGGACAAUAAAUUGCCCAAGAGCUCGAAAACAAAAAGUAGUGUGACGCACGCAUCGAAAAGUGAUACUAAAUGUGUAGAACAUUCCAGUAAAUCAUCUGAUGCAUUUGAGACUGUGACGCACUCUAGCGACAGAAUGACUAAACCUAGCCCACGUUCACAAAUACGCAUGGACUUUGAGGAAAUAUUUGGUGAUGAAUCGCCAGCUAAAAAUUCACAGAAAGGAGGAAAAUAUGUUCCUUCUUCCUCUCAUUCACAAAGAAAGCCGCUGCCAAGAAAAAGUCCAAGGAAGAGAACAGUGACGAGUGUGACUGUGCCAUCCAGUUCGACGUCACCAAAGAGGGGACAAGCAAAGAAAAGUCCAAAGAAGAAAGCUCAUAAAAUAUCACGACUGGUCACAUCUUCCAAGUCAAAAAGUAAAAAGGAUCUUAUGAAAGUGAAGAUACCUCAUCUUAAAAUUGUGACGAAUGAAGUACAUGCAACACCUGAGGACUCAACUUCUGUUCUACCAGAUGAAAGCACGCCAAAGGUUUAUUCUCCGCAGAUGACACCGGAGAAGUAUUUCCCAAUUGAUAUCAGCCCGGAUAGAUCACCAGAAACGGUAAUCAAAAGUGAGAUAGAUUCCGACGAGGACAUGGAGAUCAAUGCAGCAGAAACUCUAGUUUCCAUGGCCAUGAGCAUUACUCCGCAGAAGUCGUUGUCUGCUUCAAAUUCUAGGUCGCCUGGCCUUCUGGUCAAUGUGUACACAACGCCUCAAAAAGAGGACAAUCUUGAUUCCUCCCUGGACUACUUGCCUGAUCUGGGCUUUUCGUCGACUGCGACAUCCCAGCCUGUGUUUCCUUCUUCCACUCAAACUCUGCCAACAACGUGUCGAGGCGUAUUUGCCUUUGAUGAUAAACAGUCUGGCCUGGUAUUCAAGACACCCGAGAAGCCACAGAUGCCAGAGACUACAAGAAAAACUCCGAGGAAAGGAACACCACGAAAGCUGUUGGUGAUGAACCAGGACCCAUUGAGCGACUUGAAGAAGAAGGAUCGCGAUCUGUUUGAGAAAAAGGUUCCCAAGAGCCCUGCUAAAGUCGUGAAAGUGAAAACGUCGAUGAAACCUGGCGUGAAGAGAUUGAGUCCAAGGAAACACUCAAAAGGAAAGACACACCAGUAGACAUGGCUCGCCUGAACAAAUGAGUUUGCCCUGUAUCUACACAUCAUAUGCAUUGUGCUUACCAUAUUGGAGACCCGUCUGCAGAGCAAGUAUCUGGAAGCUUCAAGUUGUGAUCAGAGUAUAAAUUUGCAAUAAACCUGUGUAAAUAUGUGUAUGUGCCAUCAGUGAAAAGGUCCGUAACGUGGGGUAGUUGGAGUCACCACUCACAAGUUAAAAGUAUCUAUGUCGACAUAAUCACCCCUGGGUAAGUCUGAGUUGUUCAUUAUUCUCACAUGAAUACUCUGAGGUACUUCCCAAUGCAGUAUUGUUAGAGUUGUUACUGUUUGGGAUCCAUUUUCUGAUACAUCCCAGAACUCCAGUCCACACAGCAACUCUGAAACUCCACCACCAAUUACUCUUUCUCUCUUUCAAAGUUACAUAAAAAAACCACUCCUGUUUAUGUGCAAAUUGAAUAAAUAUAUUUUGUCGAGUUCUCCGCUGGUUUUGUCCAUACUCCAUGUUUCCCCACAAUCCAGGAUCCUGUAUCUUCCCCUGUCUUGUAGUCCAGUUUCCACUCUGCAUUUAGUUGGGAGCUGGACCUUAUCCAAUGUGUUACCUGGCUUGCAUAAUAAUCAAUUGGCUGGUGGCCAGUUUUACUGCUGAAAACUUGAAAAUAUUGGUUAGCAUGUUUUCAUGACUCCAGGAUGAGGUGGAGACGAUAAAGUGAUGAUCUGUCAUUUACAAAUCACAAAUGUACAUGUUUACCGUAAAUGUAUUUGUCUUGUAUGCUUCUACGAAAUUGAUUUUCUAUCUGUGGGCCUCGGACCGACUGGUGUUUCAUUUUAGUUGAAAAUGGUUUCGUCAUAUAUUGUCAAUAUACAUGUAUCUGGGCAAGUGUACCUUGCUCAAGUAUGAAGGCUCGAACGGGUCUGUUGACAUCCACCAGGUGUGGUGUGUCUCCGCCAGGCAGAAAACAGUUUUUCGCUGAGGUAAUUUAAAGCUCAGGAAAAUUUUUCCCGUUGUAAUUAAGAUGAUAUUUGUUUUGUUUCAGAAUGAAUGUACAUACGUAUGUUGUAUUGCAAUAGAUGCUUUAUUUGCUCUUGA